UCUCCGCGGCUGCCGUAGUUGGCGAAGGUCUGUUGCCGAGACGGAGAAGAACUAUGGCGGCCGUGGCCCUCCGCUGCCGUCCUGCAGGUGUCCUUUCCAGGUUUUCAUGCGCUGGAUCUCCAGGUGUGAUAUCAGCUGUCUCUAUUGUGGUGCAGCAGCGGAAAAUCCACCAUGCAGUUAUCCCCCGUGGCAAAGGGGGGCGCUCUUCCUUCAGUGGAAUAGCCGCAACAGUGUUUGGAGCCACAGGCUUUCUCGGCAGAUAUGUGGUCAAUCGGCUCGGGCGUGUCGGAUCCCAGAUUGUCAUUCCUCAUCGCUGUGACCAGUAUGACAUCAUGUACCUGAGACCCAUGGGAGAUCUUGGACAAAUCAUUUUCCUGGAGUGGGACGCCAGAGACAAGGAGUCCAUCAGACGUGCUCUAGCGCACUCCAAUGUGGUCAUCAAUCUCGUUGGAAGGGAAUGGGAGACGAGGCAUUUUAGCUUUGAGGACGUCCAUGUGAACAUCCCGAAACAGAUCGCCAAGGCUGCCCGAGAAGCUGGUAUCGAAAAGUUUAUCCACAUGUCUCACCUCAACGCUGACAUCCGCAGCCCCUCCAGAUAUCUGAGGACAAAGGCUGUUGGAGAAGCAGUUGUGAGAGAAGAGUUCCCUGAUGCAAUAAUUAUGAAGCCAUCUGAACUGUUUGGGAGAGAGGACCGAUUUUUCAACCAUUUUGCAAACAUGCGUUGGUUUGGCAAGGCAAUACCACUCAUUGCUAGGGGGAAGAAGACCGUGAAGCAGCCCGUUUAUGUUGUGGAUGUAGCCAAGGCCAUUGUCGGCGCGAUUAAGGACCCCGACUCCAAUGGAAAAACCUACGCUCUUGUUGGCCCCAACAGAUACCUUCUUCAUGACCUGGUGGAAUACGUUUAUGCUGUGGCUCACAGGCCUUUUAUAUGCUACCCAAUGCCACGUCCUUUAUAUCAUUUGGUUGCGGGAUUUUUUGAGCUCAGUCCCUUUGAGCCAUGGACGACUCGGGACAAAGCAGACAGGUUUCACACAACGGACAUGAAGUUCCCCGCCUUGCCAGGCUUACAGGACCUGGGCAUCGUGCCAACGCCCGUGGAACAGAAGGCUAUAGAAGUCCUGCGCCGUCACCGUAGGUACCGCUGGCUGGAGGCGGAACUGGGAGAGACCAAACCAGCCAAGACUGUCAACUUCUGAAGUCACACUGAAGCCAUUGUCGUAGUUUGAUAUCCAUUUUACCGCAGAGAAUCAAAGUGUCCGUGUUGCAUUUUCUGUAUAUAAAAAUCUAAAAUAAUUAAUAAAAGCUCUUUAAAACCUA